UUAAGGGCUCAACAAAUCGUAUUACUGCAACCAUUUCGUCUGAAAUUUUAGUGUGAGGUGCCCCAACACAACCAAGGGCUGACAAGCCAGGAACUCUAUUUUCCACCGACUCAACGCCGCUCGAAACCAGUCCACUGCAUCAGUCGGGCAACGGUGCUGCAGCCACAGUGUAAGACUUCCCACCCGCAGAGAACCCGGAUCCCCCUGCGGUCGCUCGCAAAACUCCGUGCGGCUGACGUGAGGCCCCGCGCGGGUGGAGGAGGAGAAGUGUCCUGCCCCGGACUGUUGCCAUGGCAACCGCCACAAAUUUCUCAAACUUCCCCCCUCCUCGGGGGGGGGGCUCCACCUCUUCCGGCUAAACCGAAAGUCUGCACAGGGGAGACCAAACUGAACGGCCCCAAGGUGGCCACUUUCGGUCCCUCGGCCACUUCCCCGGCCGCACGCCCCAGGAAACGGCCCGCAGGCUCCGGGCUGCCGGCCGCAGACCUACUCUUCCAGGAUCUUCCGGGAGCCGCAGCCCUUUGCCCCCGGAAGUGGGCGGGAGAGGAAGCCGCUGGUGAUGCUGGAACAAACAUGGCCGUCCCGGCGCCAGUUGCCCCCUCGGGCUCCCGCUGUGCUCCGCUGGCCGCCGGCCUCCAGCUGCUCCCACUGUUAGGGCUGCUGCAGCUGCUGGCCCAGCCCGGCCUGGGCCGUGUCCACCACCUGGCACUCAAGGACGAUGUGAGGCGUAAGGUUCAUCUGAACACCUUUGGAUUCUUCAAGGAUGGGUACAUGGUGGUUAAUGUCAGUAGCCUUUCCGUGAAUGACCCUGCAAGAGCCACAGACAAGGACACAAGUAUUGGAUUCAGCCUGGACCGCACAAAGAAUGACGGAUUUUCUUCUUAUCUGGAUGAAGAUGUGAAUUACUGUAUUUUAAAAAAGCAGUCUGUCUCUGUCACCCUUCUAAUCCUAGACAUCUCCAGAAGUGAGGUGAGAGUAAGAUCCCCACCAGAUGCUGGUACGCAGUUACCAAAGAUCGUCUUCAGCGAGGAUGAGAGGGGCCUAGGCCAGAGCCAGGAGCCUGGGGCUCACCCUGUUUCAGCGGGAAACCAGACUCAGCCAAAACAAGGCAGUGGAAAAUCUAAAAGAAGUACAGUAGAUUCAAAGGCAACGGGAGAAAAAUCCUUUUCUGUUCACAAUAGUGAUGGGGCAGUUUCUUUUCAGUUUUUCUUCAACAUCAGCACCGAUGACCAAGAAGGCCUCUACAGUCUUUAUUUCCAUAAAUGCUCUGGGAACGAAGUGCAGUCUGGCGACAAGUUUUCCUUCAGCCUUGAUAUUGAGAUCACAGAGAAGAACCCUGACAGCUACCUGUCUGCAGGAGAGAUCCCUCUCCCUAAAUUAUACAUUUCUAUGGCCUUUUUCUUUUUCCUUUCUGGGACCAUCUGGAUUCACAUCCUUCGAAAACGACAGAAUGACGUAUUUAAAAUUCACUGGUUGAUGGCGGCCCUUCCUUUCACGAAGUCUCUUUCCUUGGUGUUCCACGCAAUCGACUACCACUACAUCUCCUCCCAGGGCUUUCCGAUCGAGGGUUGGGCUGUCGUGUACUACAUCACUCACCUCUUGAAAGGGGCACUCCUGUUCAUCACCAUUGCGCUCAUCGGCACCGGCUGGGCUUUCAUUAAGCAUAUCCUUUCCGAUAAAGACAAAAAGAUCUUCAUGAUUGUCAUUCCACUCCAGGUUCUGGCAAAUGUGGCCUACAUCAUCAUAGAGUCCACCGAGGAGGGGACUACAGAGUAUGGCUUGUGGAAGGAUUCUCUGUUUCUGGUAGACCUGCUGUGCUGCGGAGCCAUCCUCUUCCCAGUGGUGUGGUCAAUCAGGCAUUUACAGGAAGCAUCAGCAACAGAUGGAAAAGCUGCUAUUAACUUAGCAAAGCUGAAACUUUUCAGACACUAUUACGUCUUGAUCGUGUGUUACAUAUACUUCACCAGGAUCAUUGCGUUUCUCCUCAAACUCGCCGUUCCAUUCCAGUGGAAGUGGCUCUACCAGCUCCUGGAUGAAAUGGCCACGCUGGUGUUCUUUGUUCUAACGGGCUGUAAAUUCCGUCCGGCUUCAGAUAACCCCUACCUACAACUUUCUCAGGAGGAUGACCUGGAAAUGGAAUCAGUAGUGACGACAUCAGGGGUGAUGGAGAACAUGAAGAAAGUCAAGAAGGUGACCAACGGCUCGGUGGAGCCCCAGGGCGAUUGGGAAGGCACCGCGUGAUGGAGCAGCCCUGAGCUGGGACUGUCAAAGAGAACCUCUAAUUUAUUAAUCGUCCUAGUGGUGAGCAGGAGCAGUUAGCACCUCCCGACAGUGACACCACAGAGCACGCGGCUGGGAACAAAGUGCCACGGAAACCUAAUUUUUUACUCUCUUUUAUGGAAACUGGAUCUGUGGCUGGUUAUGGGCAGCUAGAAUUCUCCUUCAGGUGGGAAUGGUGGGGAGGGAGCGUAGACAGAAGGAGGAUAAAAGACUUUGUAAGUUAUAUUUCUUUCUUUUUUUUUAAUUGGGAACUCUCAAGACAUAAGCAGCUGUGCCCCCAAGUGUGUGGCAGCAGGGUGGGGGGGUGUUGGCGGACAGGGAGGGAGGGUGGCGGCGCGAGGCUGGGGCCAGUCGAGGCUCGGGAAUGAGGCCGCAGGAAAUGAGCAGGGGCUGAGGGAGGACACGGGGCCUUAGAAGGGAAAGGAAGCUCACCGUGGCGUCUUUGGGGGACAAAAAUGGAUGAAAUUAGGUUAUUUUAGAAAGCAAUGUCGGGGCGCCUGGGUGGCUCAGUCGUUAAGCGUCUGCCUUCGGCUCAGGUCAUGAUCCCAGGGUCCUGGGAUCGAGCCCCGCAUCGGGCU